AUGGAGGAACAUUUUAAGAAUGGGUUAGGGGGAGGUUCACUGGUAGAAGGGGACAGAUUUUGGAUUUUAGCAUACGCGAAUGAUGUGGUAAUAGUAGCUAAAGAAGAAGAGGUUUUGGAAAAUAUAAUAAAAGGACUAGAGAAGUAUUUAGAAGCAAAGAAAUUGGUUUUAAAUGUAGAAAAGUUUAAGGUUUUGUUUUUUGGGAGAAAAAAUAGUGGAAAGAAGGGAAGAGUGGUUUGGAAGUGGAGGGGAGAAGGUAUUGAAGAAGUCAAGGAGUUUAUAUACCUGGGAUUUGUAUUUAAGAAAAACAGGAAUGUAAGAGAUCACGUCAAAGAAAGAAUUAAAAGAGCAGAUAUGGUCAUGAAGAAAGUAUGGGGCAAAGGGGAAAAACUUAUUUAA